AUGCGCAGCAAAGUACCAGUAGGCAAGUCCUCACCUCGUCCUCACGUGCAGGUUAAUAACUACGGGCGAAUUAACUCGCCCGGCGAUGACAUCCGUGUAGCCAUGGCGAAGAACGCGAGCAAGGCGGCAAGUCCUACCGCUGCCUCCGGUGCGAGCUGUGACGGGGACGACGGAGACGAAGCGAACGGCGGCGACGCCGAGGAGGAUUGGCCGGAGAACGGCCACGACGACAGCGCUUCAGGCGACGAUGUAGGUCCUGCUGACAUCGAGGAGGACGACUGGUGGAAUCGGCCGGUCGGGAGUGACGACGAGGUGGAAGAGUGGCAUGCUGGUGAUUCCGACAACGACGGAGGUAAAGAUGCGCAUGGUAACAACGCGGAGGCAGCGGCGGAUGCACAGGAAGCGGCGGUGGAUGCGAAUGAGGAGCCUGACGACGAGGCGGGGGCGGAACUUGAGACACUUGCGCCUGCGGAUGCAGCCGCAGUUGCGGAUGCGGAAGGCGAGGAAGGCGGCGACGACGACCCAUGGAGCUUUGGGACCGACGACGACGUUCCGCUACUGAAGCGGAGGCUGCGCCAUCGCCUACAGUCCAAGUCAAAGCGGGCCCGCGUGGUGCUCUCUGACGACGACGGUCCGGGGGAGGAGCGUCGCCCGAGACUCACCGCUGCGGAGAAGGGGAAAGCCAAGGUCGCGGAAGCCCCUGCUAAGGCCCCUGCUAAAGCCCCUGCUCGUCGUCGCACAAGCAACAAGAAGCUGACAUCCGACGGAGACCCGGGAUCCAGCAAGGGUGCGGCUAAGAAGAAGGCGAAGAAUGCGCCGAAUCCUGACGACAUCGUCGUGAACGAGCCGCUGGGCAGCGACGAUGAGUACGCGGCGGCGGCGGGCCCGAUUCCCACGUUCCCUGAGAAGGACAAUGGGUGGAUGGACGAGACCGCUGUGCAGACCUGGCUGUCCAAGGAGGUGCUGCCCCAUCUGAACCCCCAGCGCGGCCAGAACGCAAGGCGGGCGAUGCUGGUGUUGGACUCCUACCGCGGUCACAUCACCCAGACCAUGCUUCAGUCGUACCGCACACACAGCAUCACCUCUGCAGUCAUCCCAGCGGGUUGUACGAGCCAGAUUCAACCCCUGGACGUCUCCAUCAACCGGUGCUUCAAGGCUGCUGUGCGAGCGCGCUACGCUAGGUGGUUCAUGCGUGAAGGGAUUCACCUGAAGACGAAGAAGGGGAACCUGCGGAGGCCUCCGCACCCCGUGGUGCUGCAGUGGAUCGCGGAGGCUUGGGAUCAAGUCCCCAAGCAGAUCAUCAUCGACGCGUUCCGCCACUGUGGGAUCUCGAGCAAGCUGGACGGAACAGAGAACCACCUGGUGAUGUCUCACCUGCGCGCCAGGAGCACCACCGAUGUCUCCGCGGACAUGUCUCUCGGGGGGACCACAGGCGACAACACGCGCCUGCUCGGUCGGGCUCCAGAGGAGGAGGAGGAGGAGGCGAUGCAGGCGGAGGGCGUGCGGGAGGUGGCCGUGGCAACCGGCCUGGAGGUGCUGUACCAGGAGACCCCCAACUACCGCGGAGCGGGGGCCGAGGCUGACCGCAUGAUCGAGCCUAGGGAGACGGCUAGGCAUGCCUGGCGAGUGCCAGACCUGGGUGUAGAGCCUGAUGUUAGUGCAGCCCGCUGCUCGCGACACCCGCUUAGCGCGACACCCGCUUCUCACCUCACCCGCCGCGUGCCGAACCUUCUGCCCGCCCCUGCUACCCCCCGUUUUCCCCCUUGCUCCCUCUCUUUCCCCCCCGUGCUCCAUCUCAUUUCCCCUCUUUCUCCCUCUCAUUUCUCCCCUUGCUCCCGCUCAUAUCCCCCCCUUCUCCCGCUCAUUUUCCCCCCUUCUCCCUCUCAUUCCCCCCCUUCUCCCUCUCAUUCCCCCCCUUCUCCCUCUCAUUUCCCCCACUUCUCCCUCGCACUUCUCCCCCUCAUUUUCCCCGCUUCUCCCGCUCAUUUUCCCCCCUUCUCCCUCUCACUUCCCCCCCUUCUCCCUCUAGUUUCCCUCCCUUCCCCCUCUCAAAUCCCCCCCUUCUCACUCUCAAAUCCCCCUUUUCUCCCUCUCAUCCCUUCCCUUCUUCUCCCCCUCAUUUUCCGCCCUGCUCCCUCUCAUUUCUCCCUCUUCUCCCCCACAUGUCCCCCCCUUCUCCCUCUCAUUUCCCUCCCUUCUCCCUCUCAUUUCCUCCCCUUCUCCCCCUCGUUUCCCGCCCUUCUCCCUCUCAUUUCCCCCCUUUCUCCCCCAUAUGUCCCCCCCCCUCUUCUCCCCCUCACUUCCCCCCUUUCUCCCUCUCAUUUCUGCCCUUGCUCCAUCUUAUUUCCCCCCUUGCUCCCUCUCAGCCCCCCCCCCCUUCUCCCUCCCAUCUACCCCCGUUCUCGCCCUCAUUUCCCCCCCUUCUCCCUCUCUCAUUUCCCCCACUGCUCCCCUUCAUUUUGCCCCCUGCUCCUUCUCACUUCCACAUUUGCUCCCUCUCAUUUCCACCCUUGCCGCCUCUCACUUCCACCCUUGCUCCCUCUCAUUUUCCCCUUGCUCACCAUCAUUUCCCCCCCUGCACCCUCUCAUUUUCCCCCCUUCUCCCCCACAUGUCCCCCACUUUCUACCUCUCAGUUCACGUGUCCGGAUGCUGUGCAUGUUCACGACAUGCAGGUGAGGGCGGGAUCAGGUGUGGCGCGGGCGGAUCAGCGUAUGCUAGGUGUGCGUGUGCCUGCUGAUUGA